GCUAGCUUUGUUGUACGCGUUUCAGGCGGAGUUCGGAGUUGUUAAAACGUUUGGGGAGCUUCUUCAGCGCUCCACUUCGUCGCUCACUUAUUUGAACUGACAUAAUUUUUCUCUGGGGCUCCUUGGAGCAGUAACAAGUUAUGGAAUAUCCACAUUUUCGGGCGGGUCAACAUUUGUAAUAGUUUUGUGGGUUUAUUGCAUACAGUAUUUCUCUUGAGUGGAAGCGCUCCCGGGACAGGAGAGUUUUCUGGUGUGUAACUACUUUCCUUUCCUUUUUUUUCUCUCCCCUCAUUGGAUUUUGGGGCACUCGUGCGAUGUCACGGACUAUUAAAAAAGGAGAAAGACAUGUUUGUGAAUAGCGUUUGUGGUUAGCGUGUAAAAGUGAUUUGAGGUUUAUUUUUUAAACCAGUUGAGCAACAGCGACAAUCAAUGUGGUGUCAGCUGGAAGGACGCGGGGUCCGGAUCUCACCUAAACGCUCAGCAUUUCUCACUUGAUUGAGAAGAUCAAGACGGUCUACGUGUUUUCCUUGGCAGCCCGACACUUGUAGGGUUUUUCACAUGUUGUUUUCCUUGGCAGUCACUCAGCUGAUACGUCUUGGGAGUGAUGCACUGGCUUCCCCUGGUUGCCAUGGUGAUUGCCUCGGCCCUGCCCUUCCCUCACAACCCCGUGUCCAAGAUUGCUACUGCGACCGCCGAGCCUGGCUUCGACAAACGCAGAGAGCACCGGCAUGACCCAGCCGCUCGCCUCGCAGCUGCCCCCGCGGACUACAGCUUCAAUGGAAGUGCCUCGCAGACGGACUACAACAUGACUGCUGCGCUCAGUCAACACAGCAACAGAAAAAACCUCCAGAGCCGUAAGGAUUAUGUAAAACCUUCUAUACACGAAGAGACAUUCAAGGUGGAGAGUCGAGGAACCUACCAAUCAAACAGCAACUCAGGCAGCAAUGACAGAAGCAGUUUAGAUGUUCCCACAGAACGAGUUACACUCAGGGCCGAGGAUGUUUCCCAGGAUAGUUCUGUGCCCAAGGAUUACAAACCUGGCAGCACCAGCAGGUAUGAAUACGCAGGCUUUGUGGACUUUUCCAAGAAAGACAAUCUUCAGGACGCUACUGAUAAGCCAUUGCAGGUUUCUGCAUUGGAAAACCAUGUGAGUCCUGCUACAACACAUAAGGGUCAAACAGGACCAAAACUGACUACUCCUUCAGAUCAGAUCAGAGAUACACAAAAAAUCGGGACAGCGAGCCAGAGGACGGUGGGAACUGGAAGAGGUUUUCCUGAAGAGAGCUUGACAAUGGAGGUUGGUCUGGGUCUGGGAGGGCUGGAUAACAUCUUAAAGGGAGAUGAGUUGUUUCUCGAUGCUCAUCCUCGGGUCCUGUUCUCAUCCUCUCCAUCACCUCCAGAAGACCCACCUCUUUUGCUCAUGUUAGAGACUGGCAUGCUGGAGGAGGACGGGGAUGGGGAGAAGCAGGAGGACAUGGACGAACGCAUCGAGGGUCACGGUGACCGCGCACUCGACAGGAGUACGACUUUGUCUUGGGCAGACUCUUCUAGAUUGACCCGUGAGGAUGUCCAUCCUGUUAAAAGGGAUAAACGCUCACAUUUGACUGACAGGUCAAAGGAGGGUAUUAGGUCAAGGGAACAGUCGGUGUGCGAGGCAAUAAGUGUGUGGGUUAACAAGACAGAAGCCACUGACUUACACGGAGAGAAUGUCAGUGUCUUACAGGGAAUCCAGACUCAGAAAGGACCUCUACAACAGUACUUCUAUGAAACUAACUGCCACGAUCCCAACAACGGGAUCCAGUCAAAGGGUGCUGUUGCAUCAGCGAAAUCUCUCAAACCUCGAGGGGUAGGUGUGGCUGGGGGCAGCUGCUUGGGAGUGGAUAAAAAACAGUGGAACAGUGAGUGUAGAGCCAAGCAGUCGUAUGUGCGAGCACUCACCAAAGAUGAUAGAAACAGAAUCGGAUGGAGGUGGAUUCGAAUCAACUCGUCCUGCGUCUGUGUGCUGCUGUCCAGAGCAAAUCAGGCAACGGGGAGGGAGGUUUUGACAAGGAGGGGGAGGGCUUAAGAGACAGCACAAAGUGAAGUGACACAAAGCAGAGCAGCUCUGACAUCCUUCUGUGUGCACUUUCUCUUCCUCACGGUCUUUCCUAGAACAUGAGGGAAGCUAUCUCUUCCUAAAUCCAGACCUUUUCAGAUAUCUCUUUUCUUUCCACUACAACUUUAAGUGACUUUUGCAUUAAAAAAAACAAGAAGACCUCAAUACUAGAUCUUAGGGAAAAUUGUCCUAUAGAGAUUUUACUUUAAGAAGUACUGUUUUUGUAUGAUUUAUCUUUCAUAAUCUAAGUUAUUUUUGAUUAGUAUGUAAGCAUGUGUAUGUCUUUGAUAUUAAUAUAUUCCUUUAUAUAUAAGUGUACAAUAUGACACCAGUAUACCUUUAUGUAUGAAGCUAUGUAUAUUUGUGUGUAUUUAUAGAAGAAGCCUUCAUGGGGUUGUAGGUCUCUCCAGUGUCUGAUGAUAAUUCCAGCCUCUGGUCCGCUCGGGUUGUAAGAGGAAGGAGCGCCCCCUACUGAGGUUCCAUUUUACUGCUCCAAAUUCUCACCAUAUAUUUUACCAUGAAACGUUAUAGCUAUGGUUUAACUAAGACUACAGCGCGGGCACAUGCUAGUGUGAUUUCAGCCAGGCAGAGGAUUUUUUGUGGCAGGAUGUAUCUGUGCAUGUGGGCCUCACAUGUGGCUCAUGAUUGUAAAAGCAUGUGGUUUGUAAAUUAUGUGACACUUAAACAAGCUGAUUUACCAUCUUCGCGUUUGUUCAGUUGUCCUGCCAAACAUGGUAAUAAAGGAACUUUGUACUCAGUA